AAAUGCUUGGAUGUCUAUGUGUCUAUGUAAGGACAUGUAUAUGAAUGUCCUUUGCUGCCUUUUUUGUGUAUUAUUUUGCAGUCUUCAGAUUCUAAUUGCAUCAUGAUAUUUGUUAUUGGAGUUCGUCCAUGAUUGUGUCAGGCAAGGCAUUUCCUUGUCAAUUUGUUUUCACAGUGAAAGAAAAACUGACUUACCUGUUAUACAGAUGGGACGUGUUGACGCCUAUAAUCCACAGAAUGUUAGGAAAGAUUCAGUCUUUUCUUGGACGGAUGUGUAUGAGAAGCAAAGUUCGACUCUGGUAACAGAUAGCUCAGAGGAUAAAGAAUUGCCUAGUACUUCGUUGGACCAACAUGAGGGAGUGGAUAUGGACUUAGGUGAAUGUAAAUACAAAAUGUUCAUUUGUGGUGAGGAAGCUCUGAAAAUAUCACCCACAGAGCCUUACUGCUUCCGCCGUCCCGUUCAAAGAGGUCAUUUUAACAUUUCGCAAGACUAUCCUGCGCAGCAGGUGUAUGAGGAUUUGCAUACUAUCUGGGACUGGAUAUUGGUGGAGAAAUUGCAUAUACCCCAAUCUGAAAGGAAUAUGUAUUCUGCCAUUCUUGUGUUGCCAGAGACAUUUGACAAUUGCGAAAUUAAGGAAGUGCUAUCUAUAGUGUUGCGGGACUUGCAAUUCAGCUCAGCUGUGGUACACCAGGAAGGUCUUGCUGCAGCUUUUGGGAAUGGUUUGUCAACUGCAUGCAUUUUAAAUAUUGGAGCUCAGGAGACUUCAGUCAUAUGCAUUGAGGAUGGAGUGGCUCUACCUACCUCUGAGAAGACAUUACCAUUUGGUGGAGAGGAUUUAUCCAGAUGCCUCUUAUGGACCCAGAGGCAUCAUCAAACUUGGCCUCAAGUUCGCACAGACAUGUUGACCAAGCCUAUAGACAUGUUGAUGCUAAAUGAACUGAAAAAAUCCUACUGUUACAUCCAAGAGGGGGAAGUUGAUGCUGUAGCAGUUGUUCAGUCAUAUGAGGAUGGGAUGCCAGCUGCGUCUCAUAGGACGAGGCUUACUGCUCUCAAUGUACCUCCUAUGGGUUUGUUUUAUCCGACGCUUUUGGUUCCAGAAGUAUAUCCUCCACCGCCUCGUUCUUGGUUUAAUGAUUAUGAGGAUAUGCUAGAAGAAACAUGGCAUUUUGAUUAUCCCAGACAACCGGACAUGGCGGAUAGUCUCUAUCCUGGUUUUAACAUUGGAUUGCCAAUGUGGGGCAGCUAUCCGAUAUUUCAAACAAAACCUAAGAAGGAAGAGAAUGUUGGCCUUGCUGAAGCAAUCACUAGUAGUAUUCUUUCAACUGGGCGUAUCGAUCUCAAGAGAAAACUGUUCUGUAGCAUACAACUGAUCGGUGGAGUAGCUCUGACUGAGGGUCUCAUUCCUGCUGUGGAAGAUAGAGUAUUGCAUGCAAUUCCUUCAAAUGAAGCAAUUGAUACGGUCGAGGUUUUGCAAUCAAGAACGCACCCUACUUUUGUGUCAUGGAAAGGUGGAGCAAUUUUAGGAAUUCUUGAUAUUGGCCGAGAUGCUUGGAUACAUCGAAUGGACUGGAUUCACAAUGUAGUCCAUGUUGGUAUCGGCAGAAAGUACAAGGACUCUUAUUAUGUACAACCACAAGCAACAUGUUACAUAAACUCUUGAAAGUUGUAGCAGGUGGUUUCCCCUUCUAAGCGUUCUGUGGGGCAAGGUUGCAAGGCUGUUAAGAAUUAGUUUGCACAUCCUAAUUAAUAUGGCUUCUUGUUGAUAGUCGAAGUGGAUCCGAAGUCGGCUGGUUUUUGUGGACAAAGAAAGCGAGUGCUUCUUCUG